AUGGCAACUGAUGGAAAAGAUGCUGGGCCGUCGCCCUACGAUACGUAUCAGACGUCGUUGACGACGAGAUACUGCAGCCCGGAGAUGGCACGACUCUUUGGCCAACGCUCCCGCCACUCGCAAUGGCGCAGGCUUUGGUUGCUGCUCGCAGAGUCUGAGAGAGAGCUUGGUAUCCAGACCAUCACGACGGAAGCGCUCGAGCAGAUGGAGCGGCAUCUUGAAGUAACCGACCAAGACUUUGAGCUUGCCAGGGCCGAGGAGAAGAUUCGCCGCCACGACGUCAUGGCUCAUGUACACGCCUUCGGAGCUGUUGCGCCUGCAGCGGCUGGAAUUAUCCAUUACGGUCCAGGUAUUUUCCCUUGCUACCACGAAAUUGUUGGCAAGCGGGCAGCUCAAUGGGCCCAAGAUCUCGUUUUCGACCUUGAGAGUAUCGAACACGUUCGCAAUGGGUUGCUGCUUCGAGGUGCGCAAGGAACUACAGGAACUCAAGCUUCGUUCCUCGAGAUUUUUGGCGGGGACGGCUCCAAGUGUGACCAGCUGAACGCACUACUGUGCAAGAAGACCGGCUUUCCCGCAUGCUACGAUGUGUCGACGCAAACGUACACCCGCAAGGUUGACCUGCUCGUCGCCAACGCCAUCUGCGGCCUUGGUGCUACGGCGCAAAAGAUUGCCGGAGAUAUCCGCCAUCUCGCCUCGUGGCAGGAAGCAGAGGAGCCUUUCGAGGUCAAACAGGUGGGGUCAAGUGCUAUGCCCUUCAAGAGAAACCCGAUGCGCUCAGAGAGGGUCUCUAGCCUCGCCCGAGAGCUUCUGUCCAAGCAGGCAACCACCGCAAACACCCUCGCAGCGCAGUGGAUGGAGCGCUCACUGGACGACAGCGCCGUCCGCAGAAUGGACUUGCCCGAGAUGUUCCUCUUGGCCGAUGCUAUUAUUGGCAGCCUGGACAAUAUCACCGACGGCAUGGUCAUUUACCCCAAGGUAAUUGCGUCGCGUGUUCAGGAGCAACUGCCUUUUAUGUGCGCGGAGAAUAUCAUCAUGAAGCUCUGUGCCAAGGGCAUAUCCAGGCAGGAAGCCCACGAGCAGAUCCGCGUCUUAUCACACCAAGCUGCCGGUGUCGUGAAGCUCGAGGGUAAACCGAAUGAUCUUAUAGACAGGAUCAAGGCUACUGAGUUCUUCCAACCUAUCUGGGCUGAUCUUGACGACAUGCUGAGACCUGAGCUUUAUAUUGGCCGUAGUAUUGAAAUUGUGGAACGUUACUGUGGUCUGGAAGGUAUAGCAGAGAAGAAGAUCCAGCGAUACAGGGCCGUGUUCGAGAAAUCAGGAACGACGAAGCUAAAUGUCUGA